AUACUGUGGGGUAUGAAGGGUAUAUUUUGGAAGGAUCCAUUCUGCUCUUAUCGACCGCUGGGGUCACUCUCUCCUCUCCGGCAGGUCUUGUUCUGGAAGCUGUAUCCGCAGGUCACACAAUGAAGCUGUACGUGCCCCUCCUGGUCAUGUCACUGGGGGUAGUUCUCAUCAGCGGAUGCCCCAAUGAAUGCACCCUUAAUGACCUUUUAUCCCUCAACAAUCUCAUGAAAUCCAUGGCUGCUACGGUUCUGGAGAACGCCAGGAUAGUGUGCACGGACGUCACACAGAAAGGGGCAAAUGCGGCAUGUCCAGCAGAUUCCACCCCCACCGGCUGCGCAUGCGGGAUGGGCUGCGGGUCGUGGGAUAUCCAGUCCCAAACUACGUGUCACUGUCAAUGCGCCAACAUAGACUGGACUUCGGCUCGAUGCUGCAAGGUGGCCGCUAAAUCGUGACGGGAAUAGACAGAGGAGACGCUCGCGUUGCGUACCUCGGCUUCCGAGUAUUAAUUAUAAUAAUAAUAAUGAAUAAUAAAAGUGCUGACUUAUAACGCA